AUGGCUAGCCUUCGCCAAUACACGUACCCGGGCAUCGGCGAGUGGGCCCGCAAGGAGAUGUCUUACUGCCAGGCCGUCCGCGUGGGAGACAAGAUUGUCUGUUCCGGUCAAGGCGGCUGGGACCGCACCACGGGCGAGAUCAGCACUAAUAUAGCGGCCGAGGUCGAGCAGGCCUUCCAGAACGUCGCGGCCAACCUGCAGCACGCCGGCGGCAAGGGGUGGGAGCAGGUGUACCGGGUGUGGACAUACAGCACCGACCUGAAAGCGACGCACGACCUGCUCGUCGCCGGCUUCCGCAAGUACAUGCCCGACCACCACGCCGUUUGGACUGAGCUCGGCGUAGCCCGGUUGGGUCUCGAUGCGAUGCACAUCGAGAUCGAAGUCGAAGCGUACGAUCCCGAGGGCGCUGCUGCGGCUGCGGCCGAGGGCAAGAGGGAUUGA